UUCUCUGCUCAGUUAAUUUCAUUUAAGCUCAGUGUAAAUUAUGUGGAUCGUGCAUUUGAAGUUAAAUUCAACACUCUGUCCAUAGUCCAAAAUGCCUAGAGAACGACGUGCGAACAUCGGCCGCCGCACAAGACAUGCAAGCCAGCAACAAGUCUAUUCAAGGAACUUAAGAGAAGAAAGACAAAAUAUAAUAAGAGAAAAUGACCGAUUGAGACAUCGCGUGAGCACACGAAGAUCAUUGGCAUCAUACAAUCGCUUGGCAUUCCAAUAUGAUCCCACUGCGAACUACAGUGAUGAUGAAAAUUUGGAUAUUGGACGAAUGACGACUAUAUGCCGAUAUUGCAAUGCGUUAAAGUUCAAAAGAGAAACGGUUGGAUUGUGCUGCGCAAGUGGAAAAGUCAAACUGGAUCCAUUACUUACACCACCACAGCCACUGAAAACAUUGUUUGAUGGAAGUGAUCCCGAUUCCAGCCAUUUUCUUCAACACAUCCUUGAAUACAAUAACUGCUUUCGCAUGACUUCCUUUGGAGCUAAUAUCAUUCGAGAAGGCGGCUUCAUGCCGACUUGCAAGAUACAAGGUCAAAUAUAUCAUUUGCAUGGUUCAAUGGUGCCAACCACACCAGAUGAACCGCAUCAAUUUUUGCAAAUAUAUUUCAUUUCGUCGAUGGUGGAUCAGCUGAACGUGCGGUGCAAUAUACAGGGAGCACAACAGUUAAAGAGACGAAUUAUUGAACAGUUGCAAGCAUUUUUUCACGCUAAUAAUGCUGUGGUUAAUAUGUUCAAAACAGCAUUGGAACGAAUGCCAUCGGAUACGCACAAAUUUGUCAUAAGAGCGGAUUGUACUCCAACAGGUGAACAUGUGCGAAGAUUCAAUGCACCCACCAUUAAUGAUGUUGCUGCAAUUAUUGUUGGCGAUCCAACUAAAUCACGAGACAUUGUCGUUCAGCGAAGAAGCAAUAUCAUGCAUCGUGUAAACGAGACACAUCGUUUGUACGAUGCGUUACAAUAUCCAAUCAUUUAUUGGCAAGGGCAAGACGGAUACGACAUCACGUUGAAGAUGGUCGAUCCAAUUACAGGUACAAUAUUCACACACUAA